CAUUAGCACAUGCUAGGCUAUUCCAAUCUGCAGACUGACGGACUAUGCGCUGGUGCCAGUGAUAGCACCUAUCUCUCACUCUCAGGACGGCAAGCUUUUGGGAUGUAUACAUAGACUGUAUCAAAACACGACAAGAAGAGUUGUUUUUUUUUUUGUUUUUUUUUUUUAAGUGUAUAUAGACUUUUAUUUAUAUUUUAUAAACAAAUAUAAAUUAACCCGUAAAACAGGUUUGAUUAUUACUGCAGCUUUCAGCGGACUGAAGUUUUUCUUUAAGCGAAAAAAGUCGUAUUAUAAAUAGACAGGAGAUUAUAUUUGAAGAAAUUUGUUACAUGCAUACUUUUCCAAAUAAAAACCAAAGAAGGUUGUGGAAAGAAGGUGAUUCAACUGUAACUAUAUAUAUAUAUACCUUAAUGAUGAUAAGCGAAGUCGGUCAGACUUGUUGCUCUAGUAGUAAAACAGCGAGCGUGCAAUGUCACGUUUCAAGAUCCUUUUAAUAUUUGUUGUGUAAAAUAAAUAACUAAGCAAACGUUGCUGCUUUGUGGAAGCAUACUACACAAGUCUCAAAAUCAUGUCCCAAACCGAAGUGGAUCGAGCUGUCCGCGGCAUCCCUUUAAACUCGGGUUCGGAUGAAGAUUCGUGUUUGCUACCGCUUGUGGCACCGCCGCGGAGGCGAAAACACUCGGGCAGCUCCAGAAAAAACUCGUACCGGUUUAAUAGAAUUAACGCCACGGAACUAGAGCCUAUAGUUUAUGCGUCUCCUUCCAGCGGCCCUCAACCACAACCUUGCUCAACAGAGACACGUUUGACAGAAACAAGCCAGGACGCGGAUUCGCCGUCUCUCGGUUGUCCCUUGCCUUUCCCCGUCACCAACUCGCCAAGAGCGCAGCACAACCAUGCCCCGCCGCUUAAUAACAACAAUAAUAACAGGGACGCGAUGGUGCAGAAUAACAUAUUGGGUAUCAGUUCGGACUCGGAGGACGAAACCAGCCAACGAAAACACCAAAAAGUGAUUUUAUCACGGGCUCCCUUUGAGAGUACAUGGGAACAAGAAGAGAAGGAGGAGAUCGAGACCAAAGCGGUGGCCAUCUCACCUGAUGGCAGGUACCUGAAAUUCAACAUCGAGAUCGGGAGGGGCUCGUUCAAGACUGUGUACAAGGGUCUGGACACGGAAACCACGGUGGAGGUGGCAUGGUGCGAACUACAGACUCGAAAGCUGAGUAAAGCGGAGAGGCAGCGCUUCAGUGAGGAGGUGGAGAUGCUGAAGGGGCUGCAGCACCCCAACAUCGUGCGCUUCUAUGACUCCUGGAAAUCCACCCUGAAGGGACACAAGUGCAUCCUCCUUGUCACUGAGCUCAUGACCUCCGGCACGCUCAAGACGUAUCUGAAGAGGUUCAAGGAGAUGAAGCUGAAGCUGCUGCAGCGCUGGAGCCGACAGAUCCUCAAGGGCCUUCACUUCUUGCACACCCGCUCUCCUCCCAUCAUCCACCGAGACCUCAAGUGCGACAACAUCUUCAUCACCGGCCCCACCGGCUCCGUCAAGAUAGGGGACCUGGGCCUGGCCACGCUCAAGUGUGCCUCCUUCGCCAAGAGCGUCAUAGGGACACCUGAGUUCAUGGCUCCGGAGAUGUAUGAGGAGAAGUACGACGAGGCUGUGGAUGUCUAUGCGUUUGGGAUGUGCAUUCUGGAAAUGGCAACCUCCGAAUACCCCUACUCAGAGUGCCAGAACGCAGCUCAGAUCUACCGCAAAGUCACCAGCGGAAUGAAGCCAGACAGCUUCUUCAAAGUGAAGGUCCCUGAACUGAAAGAGAUCAUUGAGGGGUGCAUCCGCAUGAAUAAAGAUGAGCGGUACACCAUUCAGGACCUGCUAGAACACUCCUUCUUCCAGGAAGACAACGGGGUUCACGUGGAGCUGGCUGAGGAGGAUGACACGGUGAAGUCGGCCCUCAAGCUGUGGCUCCGAAUGGACGAUACCAAGAAGCUUCACGGCAGAUACAAGGACAACAACGCCAUCGAGUUCCUGUUUGAGCUGUACAAGGACCUGGCAGAGGAGGUGGCCCAGGAAAUGGUGGUCCUGGGCUUUGUGUGCGAAGCGGACUACAAGGUAGUGUGCAAGGCUAUCCGCGACCGGGUGACGGCCAUCAAACGCAAGCGGGAGAAGCAGAAGCGGCUGCAGGAGAAGAAGAAAGAGGAGGCGGAGGAGGAGGAGGAGGAGGAGGAGAAGCAGCAGAGCCUGCUGAGGGCGAUCGAGGAGAUGUGCUCUUCCCAGAGCCCCGCCCAGUCCGAGGGAGGAGCCCUCACCCCUGGCCCCGCCCCCUCCGCAGCUACUGGCUCGUCUGAUUCCGGAAUCAACGCCUCCUUCCUGCCCGAGCCGGAGGAGCCCGAGGCAGACCAGCACCAGCUCUACCUCAUCCGCCACACCAGCUACUCCUCCGCCACGUGUAAGAUUGGAACGACCGCCAUUACAGCGGACUGUGAGACAGACGGCUACCUCAGCUCCUCCGGUCUGCAGGACUCCCAGGACAGGUUACAGCAGCCGUGCAGCAACAACUCAGUGGGAGAGCCCUCCAGCGAGACUCCCCCCAGACCUGCCCUCCGCUUCCCUUCGAGCAUUGCGAUGAGUCUGCAGUCAGAGAGAUUGUCAUCUGGACCUAUUAGCGGAUUCUCCUCUCUGCUGGACAGCUACGCCUCCGAUGUGACGUCAGGAUUGAGCGACGGCUACGAAGGCCUGUCAGCGUCGGAGAGGAGUGUGAAACCACACGCCAGGCGCUCCUCUGGGAAGCUGUACCGACGGAGAGCGAAAUCUAGACUGCGCAUUAUCAGUGUCUCUGAUAAAGUGGAUCGGGAGGUGGAGUGCCAGCUUCAGACGUACAACAACAAAAUGGUGACGUUCAAAUUCGAUCUGGACGGGGACAACCCAGAGGACAUUGCGGCAGUGAUGGAACACAAUGAGUUCAUUCUGCCAUCGGAGCAAGACAGAUUCAUCCAUCAGAUCCAGGCCAUAAUCAACCGCUCCGAGGCCCUGAUGAAGAAGGAGCCUCCUGGGAUACUGGAGACAGAGGGAGGGGCCAGGCUCCCUUACCUGAGUGGGGCCAGUGCACUAUCCGCUUCCCAGCCAGACCUGCGCGUGCAUGAACUCUCCCGCACCCUGUCAUCCUCGUCUCUGCCAGAGUACGGGUGUGCCAGCCCCAGCCAAGAGACGCCGUCUCCAGUCAGGCACGACGUAGACAGCCUGCUCCCCGAGCAGGACCUCUCAGACAUUACCUCACACAGCCAGCCGCUUAGGCCCCAGCCCCAUCCCCCGGCUCCAGUGUCUACAAGCCUCUACUACCAGACGGGCACCCCUUAUCACCCAGGAAUGACUACCCUGCCUGCGUCAGUGCCAGUUGACGCAGUGCCAGCUACGCAGCCUUACCCCUCACAGGCCUACAUUCAGGGAGGAUACUUCCCCUUGUAUCCCAUAAGCACCGGCUCUCCUCAGCACAGGCAGACACCACCUCCCCUAUCCCAGCUCUCCAGCAGCAAUCUCCACAGCGCCUCCUUCACCUGUUCCUCUCUGUCUCCAAAUCAACCAAACUUUUUACAGCAGGCUUACCAAGGAGAGCUGCUGAGCCAAGGACUGGAGGGCAACUUCUCACCCCAGCAGCAACCCUGCAUGUGGCCGGAUGUGACCACCCAGCCCCUUUUCUCCCUGGCUAACGUCCUCUCGCUGGCUAUGAGCGUGGCACAGUCCUUUAUGUCGCCCACUGCUGCCCCUGGCACCAGCACUCUGCCCCAGGGAAUGCCCCCAGCGGUCAGUUACCUCCACCAGACGUCGAACCACCUGCCUCCACACCAGCCCUACCCCCCAGCCUACGCCCAGCAGCAAGCUUUCCCUGCCAAUUCCGCGUACAUUCCCGGUCAAACGGGGCUCCCCGAUCUGUACCAGACCCCAGAGACGGUCUCUCAAAGCCCCCCACACCCUGGUGAGCCCGCAACCAAAGAAACAGGGCUUGUAUCCAUGUCCGCAGCUUUCCAUGGGAUGCCAGUCACUCCUCAGCUGGCUCCUCCAUCUCCAGUUAUGGGGCAGUCGCACCGUCACAACCCGGGGCUUGCUCCGCCUCCUCCUCCUCCUCUGCCCAACCCCCUGCUCAACCGGAUCCAGACCUUCACCCCACCGCCUCCCCUUCUUCCAGACAGGACCGGGAGUCCCACCCCUCUCUUCUUCUUCUUUCCCGAAACCCCUUCCUCCCAGCUUGCCUGCCCUGUGGAAUCCCCUGCCUCCUCAGCCCCUACCCAAGGGUCUGUCUGCAACAGCGCGCCAUCGACCAGCCCACAGACUUUAUCUGCAUUUCUUGUAGCCGAAUCCUCAGAGAGAGAAAAAACCAGAUUGUCUCCGAUUUGUGAAGUUUCAGAAAACAAACCGCCUGUCGUCGUCGGGAGAUUUCAGGUGUCGCCGACCAAAGUCAACCCCCCAGCGCCUGACCCCGGUGCUGCCCUCGCCAAGGACAGCGACACGGAGAGCAGCACUGAGAACCAGGACGACUCCCAGGACAGCACCUCCCGCAGCCGGACAGCUAGCAGCUUCACCCGGCCGGGAAGCGACACGGACUCCGAUAGCGGCCCUGAGCAGCACUGCUCCGACCGGGCGUCCGGAGAUGGGCUGGACAUUGCCGAGGCAGAGACGAAGACGUCGGAGCAGAGCGUGGGGAGCCCUCAGUACGGCACGCCCUUGAGCGUGUGGCUGCGCUGUUCCCGUAGCACUAACUACAUCAGCAGCGAUGACACGGAGAGCGAGGGCGAGGACGUGUGGGAGGAGCUACAGAGCCUCAGAGACAAACACUUGACGGAAGUGCAGGUGCUGCAGGCCGUACAGAAGCGGGAGAUCGAGGAGCUCUAUGAGAAGAUGGGGAAGGCACCCCGGCCUGGGGUCGUGUCCCCCGCCACCAUGCUGUCGAGCCGUCAGAGACGCCUGUCCAAGGGGGGCGGCUUCCCCCCCUCCCGCCGGAACAGCCUGCAGAGGCUGGAGGUCCUGCAGACAGCAGCAGUGACGGGGAUCAUGAGGAAGAACUCCUUCAGCGGGAGCAGCAGUGGGUCGCAGGAGCGCACGAACAAAGGGGUCACCUUCACAGGAGACUUCAGCAGAAUGUAAAAAGUCUCGCUGGAGCUCCCUCUCUGGACUACCUCACCUGAUCUGUGAGCUACAGGGUAUCCUAGUCACAGCCAACAGAAAGAAGCCCAUCGGAGCUUUAAAUUACGAGUUGAUCUCUGGUUAAAACCCUGGAUAAUCGAAGCAGAAGGCUGCUUGAACAGACAUGCUAAAUCCAUGACAAUUCUGGAAACAGAAGUUCCACGUUUUGUUUCAUACAGCAGUACAACCGACAGCUUCUGUCUGCUUUAAAUUAAAGUCGGUAGUUGUAAUAGUCUUGGGGCGCCUUGAAGGGAUCAAGUUAUUUUGUAUAACAGUAUAUACAUUGUUUUGAUUUGUUGCUCACUAAAUAAUCGCUCUGCUUGCAAUGUCAGAAACAUAACGGCACACCUUCAGAUAGGCUCAUGUAGCUAACGCAGGGAUUCUGUACAGAGCUUGGCAUUUGUUUGGUUCUUGAUUAGACUAGUUAUAUUGAAAAUGGUUGUGGUUUUUAUUACUGGGUCACAGCACUGUCGUUAUGAGUGUGUACGAUGAGGCAAGACAUCUGAUCCAGUACUCUCUGAAGAGUACAGUGUAAGCACUGGGACGCCCUAUAAAUGAGAAAAGAAAGGACAACAUGAAACAUGUCUCCUUUUUAAGUGAUAUUAGCAUGCUAAUAAAUGCAUGGUGGUCCUACACAGUUACUGCUGCUUUAUGAAUACAGACUUGCAUUUCAACCCUACACAACCAAAAUAGCAUUUUAGAGUUAGAUUUAAAAAAAAAAGAAAUAGAUAUAUGGAUGUGACUGAAAAGAAUGUAUACAAUACUGCUUUUAUUUUUUUAAACAAACGGCCAAAUUAAUGUUAGCCAACUGUAUUGUAAUGAUGAAAUACCUUGGAAAAUAUAAUCAUUCUGAGUAUCAAACACAUGCAAUAGUUAUGUGCUGCUAGAAUAUGGGGUAAAAUACAUAAGAAAGUUUCCAAACGAGAGGAGGCCAUUCGGCCCAUCUUGCUCGUUUGGUUGUUAGUAGCUUAUUGAUCCCAGAAUCUCAUCAAGCAGCUUCUUGAAGGAUCCCAGGGUGUCAGCUUCAACAACAUUACUGGGGAGUUGGUUCCAGACCCUCACAAUUCUCUGUGUAAAAAAGUGCCUUCUAUUUUCUGUUCCCUGCAGUGCGCUGAAUUCUUAUUUAUAACGAGUAAUAAUAUAAACUUAAAACACAAGUCCCUUUUACAAUAUAAAUGAUUGUCAAGUAUGCCUAAAAACUAAGUUGAACAUUUCUUGCACAUUGUAAUGUUUGACUGAAGCUGUGAAUCCGUACAGUUGCCUUACAAAACGCAUUUGAAAAUUUAGCAGACAGUGGAAAAUGAAUACAAGAUCAUAUUGUUUUCACUAAAACAAGCUAUCAUUUAGGUAUAGAAAAUAUUUUAUUAAAAUGAAUUAUAUUUUAUGAAGGUAUUAUUGAGCAGGUUAGUUUUAAUCUGGUUGCUUUUCUACUGCCUUUCGUGCUACUCUUUAAAAAAAAAAAAAUUAAAUUAAAAAAAAAAAAAAAACUAAA